GACGUCAAGGUGCACAGCAGGUAGUCAAACUGCAAUACUGUAGUGCGUAUAUAGCUUUUUGCGUGAGAAAAAUGCAGCUGACCCAGAGCCACAGCGCGAUGAACCGCGCGUUGAACUCGCGCAGCAGCGUUCCUGCUCGCUUUCGUCCAUCACGUAGCCAUGUCGUGCGCUGCGAUGCGCAGCAGCACGAUGGCCAGAUCGCGAUGACUCGUCGCGAUGCUCUCCUUUCGGUCGCUGCUUCGUUGGCGCUUUCUGGGACAGUGGCGCUGCCUGCAAAUGCCGUGCAAGGCCUGACUGCUGGACGUAUUCCAGGCCGGACCAAGGAGCCUGACGCCGAGGGCUUCUACACGUACACGCGGCCCGAGGGCAAGUCGGGCGGGCACGGCGUGGGCUGGAGCGAGAUCCCGCAGUACAGCUUCAAGGUGCCUGCUGGCUGGGAUGAAAUUCCCGUGUCCAUCGCCGACCUGGGCGGCACCGAGAUUGACCUGCGCUACCAGGCCAAGGAGCAGGGCGAUGUGGCGGUGGUGGUGGCGCCCGUGCUGCGUUUCAUGGAUGUCGGCUUCAACGCGAAAGUGACGCUGAAGGAGGUCGGGCCCCCGCAGCGCGUCAUCGAGGGCUUUGGGCCGGAGCUGUUCGGCAAGCCUCUGGAUGAGGACGACGUCGUGAAGACCGAGGUCGUCGAGCACGACGGCGGCCUUUACUACAAGUGGGAGCUGAAGAACCAUUAUCUGGUCUCCGCCACUGCCACAAAGAACCGCGUGUUCAUCCUCACUGUCACUUCCAACGCGCGCCAGUGGAAGAAGCACUCGGACAACCUCCGCGUUAUUCAGCAGUCCUUCCGCGUCAGGCAGGACGCAUAAGGCGCCGAGCUGGUGACACGGGGCGCGGGGGGGAGGGGACAGCGCGGAGGGAGCGCCGGCAGUGGUUGCUGGCUUGCUUGACGUGUAGGGCGUGGGCGCGGGGUCUGGGGGCAGGCAUUGGUGGGGGUCGGGGUUGUAGGGAAAUCGAGGUGGAGGCUCAGGGAACUGAAGGGGUAUAACAGGUAUGAGGUAGCGGUGCAUGCACGUGGCUUUAGAUCGCAGAUUCAAGCACAAAGACGGGAUUGGGGGUUUGAGAGAUUCCACGUGUGUGCGUUUCGUGGCUGCACGGCUGAAAUUUUGGAUGUUGCUGUUGCUGCACGGUUGUGGUUGCUAUCGCGCAGUUUUGUUGCCUAGCGCAUGUGUUACGGGACCGGGAUUUAUAACUUAUAAGGACAUUGAUGCGAAACGGAGGAGGAAGAGGAGGAUUCCGCUCCGCUGCGAGAGGCGAUGAUGCAGGCGCUGUAAUUGUUAGUGCCG